CGUAGACGAAGCAGAAUGAAACUUGUUGACCCGGCAGGUACCUUACGUUUUUGGGCCGCAUGACGUGUGUGUCUGAUUAACCUCUCUGGAAAGGAAAAGCACAUGGUUUUAGCCAAGUUGUUGUCUGAAAGUCGAAGUCAAAGUAACAAAAUGCCCAAGAAAACGAAAGAAGGAGCAGAGUGGGUGGACGAUGAAGUCCCGCCGGCAGCUGAAAAAGCUGUGAAAAAGGGGAAGAAAGAUAAAAGGGGGAAAAAAAUUUUCUUUGAGGAACUCGCCACAGAUAGCAAACCUGAGACUGUAGAUGAGAUGGCUGUGAAAGACAUGCAAAGAAAACAGCCUCAGAUAAAGAAGAAAGACCGGCGAAAAGGAAAAGGCGCAGAUGAGGAUGAUGAUGAGGACGUUAUGCUGAAACUGAAAAAGCUUUCAGUGCAAGCUAGUGAUGAGGAAGAUGAGCCAGUCAUCGUCCUCAGUAAAGGAAACAAGCAGAAUAAGGGUGGAAACAUCUUUGCCGCUCUCAGCCAGGGCCAGAGUGAUGAGGAAGAUGAUGUUGAUUUGGAUGAAGAAGAUAAACCAGCAAUAAAGCCACCAGAAAAUAAUGACAAGAGGCCAAAGAAGGGAAAGACGGAGCAACACAAGAAAGGAAAACCUGCUGAGCGAUCAAGGAGCGAGGAUGAAGAUGAGGAGGAGGAGGAUAGUGAUGGAGGUGACAUGAUGAUGAGUGCUGAGGAUAUCAUCGCAGAACAGGCCAAGCAGCAGGAAAAUGAUCCAUUUGCUAAUCUAAGCAAAAAGGAGAAGAAGAAGAAAAAGAAACAGAUGGAGUAUGAGCGUCAGGUGGCCAGUGUUCGUGCUCAGAAUGCCUUGGAGGGAGAUUUCUCCAUUUCCCAGGCUGAGAUGUCUUCCAGACAAGCCAUGUUGGAGAACGCCUCUGAUAUCAAGCUGGAGAGGUUCAGCAUAUCUGCUCACGGCAAGGAGCUUUUCGUCAACGCCGACCUUUUGAUUGUGGCAGGAAGAAGAUAUGGUUUGGUUGGACCAAAUGGCAAAGGAAAGACCACAUUACUGAAACACAUAGCCAACAGAGCUCUCAGUAUUCCCCCCAACAUUGAUGUGCUGCUGUGUGAACAGGAGGUGGUAGCUGAUGACACACCGGCGGUGCAGGCGGUGCUGAAGGCAGACACCCGCCGCCUGAAGCUUCUGGAGGAGGAGAGACAGCUCCAGGCUCGUCUCGAGAAGGGAGAAGACAGUGUGGCUGAGAGGCUGGAGAAGGUUUAUGAAGAGCUAAGGGCAAUCGGAGCUGCAGCAGCAGAGGCCAAGGCCAGAAGGAUCCUGGCUGGCCUGUCAUUUACACCUGAGAUGCAGAACAGGCCCACCAAGAGGUUCUCUGGAGGGUGGAGAAUGAGAGUCUCCCUCGCUAGAGCUCUGUUCAUGGAACCCACUCUACUGAUGCUGGAUGAACCCACCAACCACCUGGACCUUAACGCCGUCAUCUGGCUCAACAACUACCUUCAAGGCUGGAAGAAGACUCUUCUUAUAGUUUCCCAUGACCAGAGUUUCCUUGAUGAUGUGUGUACAGAUAUCAUCCACUUAGACAACCAGAAACUCUAUUAUUACAGAGGGAACUACUUGACCUUCAAGAAGAUGUACGGGCAGAAGCAGAAAGAACUGCAGAAACAGUAUGACAAGCAGGAGAAGAAACUAAAAGACCUGAAGGCUGGUGGCAAGUCCACCAAACAGGCUGAGAAGCAAACUAAGGAAUCCCUGACCAGAAAGCAGCAGAAAGGCAAGAAGAAGGGAGGUCUGGAGGAGGAGGGCCAGGAGGCAACAGAGCUGCUGAAGAGACCUAAAGAGUACACUGUCAAGUUCACCUUCCCCAACCCACCUCCUCUCUCACCACCCAUCCUGGGACUACACAGUGUUGACUUUGGCUAUGAUGGUCAAAAGCCUCUCUUCAAAAACGUGGACUUUGGAAUCGACAUGGACUCCAGGAUUUGUAUAGUUGGACCCAAUGGUGUUGGGAAGAGUACCCUGCUGCUGCUGCUCACUGGGAAAUUAAAUCCUACUAAAGGUGAAAUGAGGAAGAAUCAUCGCUUGAAAGUGGGCUUCUUUAAUCAGCAGUAUGCUGAUCAGUUGAACAUGGAGGAAACUGCCACAGAGUACCUGAUGAGGAACUUUAACCUUCCCUACCAGGACAGCAGGAAGUGCCUGGGACGUUUUGGCCUUGAGAGCCACGCCCACACCAUUCAGAUCUCCAAACUGUCUGGUGGUCAGAAGGCCAGAGUAGUGUUUGCUGAACUGUCCUGUCGUCAGCCUGAUGUACUGAUCCUGGAUGAACCCACGAACAAUUUGGACAUCGAGUCAAUAGAUGCCUUAUCUGAGGCCAUCAAUGAAUAUAAAGGCGCUGUGAUCAUUGUGAGUCACGACGCCCGGCUCAUCACAGAGACUCAGUGCCAGCUGUGGGUGGUGGAAGACUGUACUAUCAACCAGAUUGAUGGAGACUUUGACGAUUACAAGCGGGAGGUGCUGGAGUCCCUGGGAGAGACAGUGGUCAACAAGGUCAACCCUUGAUCACACAGCCACUGUCAGGACACAAUGCUGUGCUACACCGUGUCCCUCCGUCGUAUGCUACACACACUCCAUCUGGGCCCAGUUGGCUUUUCUCUCUAUUAAACAUUGCUAAGUAAAAGGUUGGCUUUGUUGGGGCUAUCUUUUCCCUAUCUUCUGGUCUAGAACACCUGUAACAGCAUGAAGUUGGACAGAUCCUGGAGGGUCUUUCCUACUGUUGAUUUCUAUAAAUAUAGGAGGUAAAAAUGUGUCUGCUCAAGAUCUACAAAAGCUAAACAAUAAAAUUAAACAUUUUUUUCUCCAUG